AUGAACAGUCAAGUUUUGUUGCCUUACUACACAGCACAGAGCAGUCCUGCAAUGGGCAUGUUUAAUACCUCCAUGGGGAAACUGCAGCAACAACUGUAUAAAGGGGAGUAUACCAUAUUCAGGUAUGCACCAAUGUUUGAGAGUGACUUUAUCCAGAUUAGCAAAAAAGGAGAAGUGACUGAUGUGCACAACCAUGCCCGUAUGGUGACUGUGGGCAUUGUUCGCACUAGCCCCAGCCUCACACUACCUGAUGUCAUGCUGCUGGCCAGACCAGCUGCUAUUUCUGAUGACUAUGCCAGAUGUGGCCUUGCCACCCAAGAAAGAGGCAAGAAGCAUGCACAGAUCUUAGAACUAACCAGGCUGCUUCCCUUGAAGUUUGUCAAGAUAACCAUCCAUAACAGUUACAAACAACAGCUCCGCCUGAAGCUUGCCACUGGCCGUUCUUUUUACCUUCAACUGUGUCCCCCUUCAAAUACAAGAGAUGAUCUUUUUGUUCACUGGGAAAACCUUGUUUACAUCCUGAGACCAUCAGUGGAGGCUUACAGCCAUACCCAGAUUAUCCAGGCCAAGAAUACACUUGACAUAGCUGUGUUUGAGGAAAAGGACAAGAAUUCGUUGGCACAUGCCCUGAAGUUCUCUGGAGGGGAUAAAGAUCAACUCAGCUUCGGGAGCCUUUCCAUAAACCCUGAACUGUUUGGGCCCACCUAUUUUGAUUAUAGUUUACACAUUCCUGUAGUCACAAAACCUAAUAAAGGGACAAGGAUAGCUGCAGGAGUAGUGGUGACAAUAAGCACCACUGCAGGUGCUAUGAAUUUGACUACAACCAAGUCUGCAGAUGGAAGAUAAACAGCACUAGCAAGAAGAACCUUCAUAGGCCCAGGAGGAAGCACAGCCAGCAUGGCCAUACUGGGUAGCAUGAGUAUGGUGGCUGCAGGAGCAGAGAUUACUGGUAAGCCUGUUGCAAAACCAGGUAAAUGUUCAGAAUGGGGACCGCUCCUGCCAUCCAGCCUUCAAAGUGAAGGCUACAUGAAUACACUGGAUGGAAGCCAGAGGAUCUCCAUUCCAUCAGGGUUAACUAUUUAUAGUAAAGAGCCUCAAAUCCCUAUACUACACAUGGAGCAGAGGUGGACAUCAUCUAAGAUUAUGGAGGAAAGCAAAUUUUCACCACAGUACAAUCCAUCAACUCAAACUCUCUGCUCUAUAAAACAGAAAAAGUAG